ACCACAGAGACUGUUUUUAAUGACUUUAAAAACAAAAAUGACAUCAUAGCCAUAAUACAUAAUAUACCGCUUGGCCCUGCAACAGUGACAAGGAGGGUAGAGUCACUGUCAGAGAAUGUGGAUCGACAAGAGUUAAAGGACUUGUCACUCUGAGAAUAUUUUUCACUACAGUUCGAUGAAUCCCUGGCUGUAAUGCAAACAGCUCAGCUUGUCGUAUUUGUCAGAAUGGCUUUCCAGGAUUUUACAACAAAGGAGGAUUUCCUCACUCUUUUGCAAUUAAAGCAGAGAACAAGAGGUCAGGAUAUUUACAAAGAGUUUAAAAAAUAUGUCAGUGAAAAUGACAUCCGCAUUCAUUAACUGGUGGCAAUUAUUACUGAUGGGGCCCCAGCAAUGCGCGAUGUGCGCAUUGGUUUUAUAGCACUGUGCCAUAAUGAACUUGAUUUUCCCAACUUCCCGGAUUAUCACUGUGUGAUUCAUCAGCAGGCCUUGGCUGGGAAGAUCGUGGACUUUUCUCAUGUAAUGACACUGGUGGUCAAACUGAUAAACUUGAUUCGAGCGAAAGUGCUUCAGCACCGCUUAUUCAAGGCGUUACUGGAUGAGCUCGAUGUCGCUUACGGAGACAUAGUUCAUCAUGCUUCGGUGGUUGAGUUGCGGUGAUUUGUUGACUUGCUGUGGUGAACUAUGUGCCUGUCUGGACACGCCCCCUGCUGACUGCUCCUGUGGCUCCUCCCACAGGCCCCUGUAUAAAGGCGAUCCGAGGCCUGACGCUCGGCCUCAGUCUCCAGGACAUAGUAUGAUGGACACUCACUCCUGGUUCCUUCUUCCAGUCAAUAAAAGCCGAUAUCUCGCCUUACGUCUCGGUGUGAGUUAUUGAUGGUGCAUCAAUUUUAUUGACUGGAAGUUUUAAAACAUGGAAACCGUUUUGCGUCCGGACCGGUUGGAUUUGGACCCUCAAGACCCUGACGCAGCUCUCGCUUUUGAACACUGGCUUGCAUGCUUCCAAUCGUACUUGGAGGAGGUUCGUGCAACUGAACCCGCCGUUAUGCACAGAAUUCUACUCUCGAGGGUCACCCCCAAAGUUUACUCCAUUUUCCGGGACCUGCCGACCUACGAUGGGGCACUGGACGCCCUCAAAAGACAGUACCUGGGGCCGGUGAACACCGUCUACGCAAGACAUCGUUUAGCUACCCGGCAACAGCGGCCUGGCGAAUCGUGCGCUGAGUUUCUCCGAGCACUACAGACACUCGUCCGACCUUGUGACUGCAAGACACUCACGGCAGAACAGCAUGCGGAGCUGCUGGUGCGAGACGCUUUUGUGACGGGACUGAGGUCAGUGUACAUGCGCCAGCGACUGCUGGAAAAUGCCGACCUUACCUUACGCUCGGUGAUAGAGACGGCCAACGCUCUAGAAGCUGCUUUGCAUAAUGCUGACGCUGUCCAGUCGCGCGAUUCCCCGCCGGUUCCGUGGACACCUCAGACCCCGACACUGCCGGCUCCCGGGAGCGAAAUCGCCAACGCCGCUGCCAGUCGCGAUUCCACAAGCUCCCCGACCCUGACCACGGCUGUGGCCCAUCAGAAGCCCGUGUGUUAUUUCUGCGGCCAUAAAAAACACCCUCGACAACGCUGUCCAGCGCGAGAAGCGACCUGCUCCAGCUGCGGAAAGCGGGGCCACUUCGCCAAGAGGGAAAUGGACCGGAUGGUGGACCAGUACCAACUGCAGGCCACAUUUCCCUAUCUGGAUAACAUCACCAUCUGUGGUCACGACAGGCCAGAUCACGACGCCAACCUCCAACGAUUUCUCCAAGUGGCCGCAGCUCUGAACCUUACUUAUAACAGGGACAAGUGUGUGCUUGGAACCACCCGCCUUGCUAUACUUGGGAAGUCUGUCACUAGGACCACCCUACCAGUUUGGCUGACGUCCCCGGGGCCAGUGCUGCUCCAGAAACAUGUGAGGAGCAAUAAAUACUCCCCGCUGGUAGAGAGGGUUCACCUUCUACAUGCGAACCCCCAGUAUGCUUACGUGGUCUUACCUGAUGGGCGGGAGGACACGGUCUCCAUCCGCGACCUGGCACCCGCAGGUGCAGCAGACCACUACCCAGAAGGCUCUCCGGUAACUAUGAACCCUGCACCAGAGGUGACACCGUACUCACCAGGUCCUACACAGACUCCUCACGACACUUGUAUACCGGGCGUUUCGUACGCAUUUAUACCAGGCGCCUCGCACAUGCGUGAGGGAUCACCGGCGCCUAGUGGGCAGGAACAAGUGCAACCUCCGUCCCCUGUGCAAUCACCAAUGUCGCCGGCAUCCAUGCGAUCACAGCCGGUGCUACGUAGAUCGCAGCGACAGAUUCGACCACCUGAUAGACUUGACUUGUAAGAAACUUCGCCACAUGGGGACUCUUUCAAACAAAGGGGGGUGAAUGUGGUGAACUAUGUGCCUGUCUGGACACGCCCCCCCCGCUGACUGCUCCUGUGGCUCCUCCCACAGGCCCCUGUAUAAAGGCGAUCUGAGGCCUGACGCUCGGCCUCAGUCUCCAGGACAUAGUAUGAUGGACACUCACUCCUGGUUCCUUCUUCCAGUCAAUAAAAGCCGAUAUCUCGCCUUACGUCUCAGUGUGAGUUAUUGAUGGUGCAUCACUUGCUGCCUGAGAUAAAGACUUUUCUGUCAACAAGAAACGAGGAGCACGAGGAACUGUCAGACGAAGCGUGGCUACUGGAUUUAGGGUUUCUGACAGACCUAAUGGCGAAAUUAAACACACUGAACAAUAAGCUCAUGGGAAAAGACCGACACCUGCCUCACAUGAUAAGCGCCGUAAAUGCGUUUAAGGCCAAGCUCGGUGUUUGGAUUUCAAAUUUAAAGAACGGGAGGCUGACACACUUUCCCAACUUGGAAAAAAUGUUACAGGCCAUCAAGGACAGAAAUGCUUUCUGCUCUGAGCAGUACUGUGCUUACCUAGACAAACUGGCUAUAGAGGUUGAUCAGUAUUUUGGGAAGAUAAAACGUCAUGGAAGAUAUGGCUGCAUGUAUUUCAAACCCAUUUCUGUCGAUCAAUAUAGAACAGAUAGCAGCCAAAUUCCAGCAAGUAUUUGGUGUGCCAAGUGAUACUGAAAUGGAAAUGAUUGAUUUGCAAAAUGACAUCGAGCUUAAAGCAAGAUGAAGGGACGGUGACUUUUGGGGCUUCUCAGCAGGGAGAAGUCUCCUCAUCUCACCCAUCUGCACUGAAAGUCAGUGCCUCCUUCGGGUCAACUUACCUGUGUGGAACUGCAUUUUCACAGAUGAAAAUUAUUAAAUCUAAGUACAGGAGCAGUCUUACUGACAGACACCUCACAGACUGUCUCAGACUGGCUGUCUGUAGUUUUGAGCCAAAUUUCAGGGAACUAGCAGAAAGUAUUCAGCCCCAUUCAUCACAUUGAAUGCAAUAGUCAAUUUUUAUUCAUUUAGUUUUUGUGGUGAAAUAAAACUAAAUAAUGAAACUUAGAAUUAAAGGUAUAAAGUAUAGUAAUAUUCUUAGAGAAAGACAACUAUGGCCUGUUUGAUAUGCUAGUUACAGUGUUUUCUUGUUUGAAUUAAUUUGAAAGUCUGACAAAAGCAUCUUAUGUAAUUCAAAUACAAUUAGCCCAAAUAAAAGGCCACAAAUUGGAAGUACAAUCUGAGCUGUUUUUUUCUCUAAACGAUUUAAUAGGUAGAUCUUGCCUUUCAAUAAGGCCCAGGUAGGGGAUUUUGGGCUUAAAAUGGUUGGUGACCACUAAUUUACACUAUAUUGUUAUACUUCUAUUGGAUUUGCACUGGAUUUGCAGUAUUUACACUGGAUAUAAUUGUUUUACUCCUUUGAGAUGUAUAGUUGCUUGUUUUUAAUGGUUCCUGUACUUAACCCUCUUUUACAUUCUGUUUUCUCUUUCUGUCUUUAAUAUUUCAGAUUGUAUUUCCUUUGUAGCAUUAGUAUGAUGCUAUAAAAGAUAUGAUUUAGAAAUGUUGUUUUGCUUAUAUACAUUUUUGGGAAAUCUGGCAUUAACCUAUUUUUCAUUAAAAAGAGGGAUGUUAACUCAGCUGCUUUAAAUUAAUAAACUUUUUCCAGAGCUGCAUUUUCCCUGCUUUAAAGAAUUGCUGAAUCUGAUUCCCAUCAAAAAAAAAUUGUUUAAAAUGCAAAGCAAAUAAAAAUGAACACGUCACAAUACUGGAUAUUCCGCUAUUCACCAUAGCACAAA